GUUGUAAGCAACAGCCUCUUGUAUUCAAGCUGAACUAAGCUCACAUGAUCUGUGUAGAUAGUUCCGACGCUAUUUUCCCCCUUUUCUGCUUCCUUCUCUCAUUUUUUUUUUGCAUAAAUUACCUAUUCCUUUCGUGUAUAUGCAAAAACUACUAUUUAGUUCUGAAUUUCUUGCAUCUGGACACAGUAAUGAAUUCAGAGAAUUUAUAACAAGAAUCAUUCAAUCCAAGAGCAAAGCAGAAGAGAAAAGUCAUGUUCAAGAAGAAUUAACACAACUAGCACCUAAACUAAGCUCGCCUGAUACAGCUUCUUUUAAAAUGAGAGAAUACUUGAUUCGAUUGAUACACUGCUUUAUGCUCGGGUAUUCGGUUGACUUUGGAAUUAUCUAUGCCAUCAUGGCAACUCAAAGUGGAGAAAGUGCACUUGAUAAGCGUGUUGGAUAUCUGGCGUGUACCUUGUUCCUUGAAAAGGACCACGAGCUCUGCAUCAUGAUGAUUAAUACCUUACAAAAAGACUUGAAAAGCCAAAACGAGUUAGAUCAAUGCGCGGCACUAAAUGCGAUUUGUUAUCUGCGACAUCCUGAGAUAGCUGACAACGUGUUUGAUUUGGUGAUAAAGGCAGCGACAGAAGUACCAAAACAGGCUGUUCGUAAGAAGGCUGUUGCAGCACUGUAUUUUCUGUACGAAGCAUAUGGCCUGUCAGAAGAGCAUGUCAUGUCUACUCUGCGUCAAGCAUUGAAUGACCCAGAUCAAAGUGUUGUAUUUGCUGCCUUGGCUGUCUGGAAGAACAUUCUUCAGACGCGUGCUAUAGACUUUAUUGAUCUUUUGCCUCAAUUCUAUACAAUUCAUCGGUAUAUCCUGGAUACAAAAGUGCACAAAUCAUUUGCCUAUCAUGGUGUUUUGGCGCCCUGGGCGCAGCUUGAUUGUUUAUCCAUCUACGAGUCGUAUGCGAGACAUGAGAUAGGGUAUGGAAGAUAUCUAAUAUAUCGCAUCCAUAUUUAUCAUUCUAGGAAACAGUUCAGAUAAGGACAUGUUUGAUAUUGUCAUGUCAUGUCUUAAGUCGGUCGAAAAAAAAGUGGACGCUGCAUUUGCUAUCGUGCUGGAAUGUACAAAAUUACUUGGCAUGAUAGAUCCUUUAUCAAUAACGGCGUUAUCAGAAGAAGAAGAAUGUAUUUUUGAUUACCUUGAUCCAUUUCUGCAGUCAAGGAAUCAUAAUCUC